AUGACGUCGGCCAUGUCCGGUCUCGUCGAGUUCGACUACCAGUUGACCAGCAGCCUCCCCGACGACUACGCCGUCUUCUCCGACGUGGUCUCGGCCGGAGGGCACGACUGGAGGGUGACCUGCUUCCCGAACGACGGCGACUUCGCGUCGGUGUACCUCGAGCUCAUGAGCGAAGCCCAGAACGUCACGGCCGUCUUCGAAGCCGCCUACUUCGUCGACAACGAGAACGAGAUGAUGCGCCGCCGGACCGUUCACGUCUUCAACCUCCCGACCGACGACGGCGAGUUCCCGCUGUGGGGCUUCCCUCGGUUCCUCCACCAGAGCGAUCUCGCCUUGGCGGCCGCCACGAGUAGGCACAUCAGCAUCAUGUGGGCGGUCGUGGUCGUAGACGACGAUGGCAGUGGCGAGCCCCUGCCGUGGCUCACGACGAAGAGGACGAUCGCCGUGCCGCCCUCGGACAUGGCGGACCACCUCUGCCGCAUGCUGGACUCCGCCGCCUUGACAGACGUGUCUUUCGUCACGGACGACGGCCACGGUGGGCAGGCGCCGCCGAUGCGAGCCCACCGUGCUAUCAUCGCCGCCCGCUCGCCUGCUUUCGAGGCGGCGCUCUGCGGCCAGUCGUUAGAGGCCAACGCGCACAUCAUCACGGUGCCCGACAUGGACACCGACACGUUCAAGGCGAUGCUCCGAUUUAUUUACACGGAUGACCUACCCACAGGACUUGACGAUGACAAGGCCAUCCGGUCUCUUCUUGCCGCCGCUGACAGAUACGGGCUCGACCGGCUGAAGCUUUUGUGCGCAAAACGGAUGCUCGACAAGGCUUCGGUGGGCACGGUCGCCGGCGUGUUGGACUGUGCCGAGACAUACAACUGCCCGGAGCUUAAAACAAAGUGCAUCGACUACGUGGUGGAUGGCGAAAAUUUCAAGAAGGUUGCGCUCACCGAAGGUUUCAUGGAGUUGCUAGCGAGGUCUCCAUCGAUACUUGCUGAAAUGAGAAAGAGGCUUGCAGUAUAG